AUGGCAGAUAGUCCCAAAACAGUUAUUGAUGUAACAAACUCGCCCAAAGGUCUGGGGUGGAUGAGAGCUGUUAGUAUGAUCGUCAUGGGCUGUGUCGGAGUUGGGAUCUUAGCACUACCGCGUACAGCAGCUUUCGCUGGUUGGCUCGCCGCCUUGCUUGGUCUCAUUUUCGCCGGACUCGUCAAUCUCUACAAUAACAUUAUUCUAUGGCGUACUCUUUUCCUCACCGCCCAGGGUGAAGAUCGAGUGGCUAGGUCUUACGAGCAUGCAGUUCGAUCUACCUUUGGUGUCGGCGGCUCGAUCUACAGCGGAAUCAUUGUGCAUGUCCUGCUCAUUUCCGUGUGUGUCGCGAUGCUUAUUUUGAUGGGGAGUACUACUGAGGCUAUGACACGAGUCCUCAAUAGACAAGCCUGGAUUGCUCUGUGGACACUUGUGGGUAUCCCUUUCUCGUGGAUAAAGGAAGUUAAAGAUGUUGGCUUCAUUGCAGUCUUUGGUGUCACAUCUGCUUCUGCGAUGGUGAUCGUUAUAAUUGUUGCAUCGGCUGACAGAAUGGUUACUGAUGGUAUCUCUGAAAGCCUUGCUGUCGUGCCCAGCGAUGCUUUGGAGUUUAUAGCGGCCUUAGCCUCAUACUUCUAUGUCUACAGUUUCACCGCUGCGUCACCCACUAUUUGCUAUCAUAUGACCAAGCCCGAGAACUUCCCCAAAACGGUGGUGGUUGCAACUAUCUUCAUCACACUAUUGUAUUCAUCUGUGAUGGAGCUGGGAUACGUGGGCUACGGUCAGUUCAUAGCGACAGUCGAUACAAUUGUGGACGCGAUUUCCCCGCCUGGACAGACACUUGACGUAUUUGGGUGGCUCAUCAACAUUACAGUACUUGCAGUCAUGUUGCCACACUACCUGGUUCAAUUCACACCGACAGCCAAACAAAUCGACAGAAUGUCUUCCCACAUCGGUGAAAGAAAGGGGUGGUCUACCAAACGCUGCAAAGUCACGGCGCUUGUUUGUCGAACUCUCCUUGUGAUAGCCGAAGGAGGUCUCGCUAUAGUCAUUCCCAAGGUCAGUAGUAUUGUAAGUCUUAUAGGCGCUUUUUGCUCGACCCAGGUUACAAUUCUCUUUCCCAUAGCCUGCUACAUGAAGGUAAAGAGGCAGCACCAGCUGCCUUGGCCUCUAUGGGAGAUACUCGUCCACGCCUUGUUCACUAUGGUUGCCUUCGUUAUAAUGGGAAUAGGAAUCUACGGCGCGAUCAUCCAUUUCUGAGGAUCUAAAAGCACGGACCACGCCGUAUGAUUUGAUUCAAGCGGAUUAAGGCUUCUUCAGGAAGCUUCGUUACGAGUCGUCUCUCUCGUUUGCUGUCGAACGUCUGAGUCGUCGUCAUGGCUUCGGUCUUUGUGCACUAUAUUCCCAUGUUAAGAAUAUUGAGUGUCACACAUCUCGUUUGAUAUGAAUUAUCAUUGAGUCCAAUCGCUCGCCUCAG